AGCAAAGCCCUCUAAUUAUCUCUCACAACAAACUUCACAAGUCAUAACAUUCACUUUGCCAACUUCUAUUCUUCGUAGACAUGGAUAUGGUGAACAGGUUGGUUGCUGACAGGCCAGUGGUGGUCUUUAGCAGGAGCACUUGUUGCAUGAGCCACUCCAUUAAGACACUUAUAUCUAGCUUUGGGGCAAAUCCUACAGUUUAUGAGCUGGAUCAAAUACCAAAUGGGAAGCAAAUUGAAAAGGCAUUAGUGCAGCAGCUAGGAUGUCAGCCAAGUGUACCAGCUGUUUUCAUAGGCCAAGAGUUUGUUGGUGGUGAUAAGCAAGUCAUGAGCUUACAAGUCAGGAAUGAGCUAGCCCCAUUGCUCAGGAAGGCGGGAGCUAUAUGGAUUUGAUCAAAUGGCAGUCAUUAGUCAAAUUUGCACUUGCUUUAAUUCAGUACUGUUUGCUAGUGCUCGAAUUUUGAUGGGCUUGAAUAUAGAUUAUCGAACAAGGCUUUAGAUAUAUAUUUUAUAGAGUCUCUUGAAUACCUGAUCGUUUUUCAGCGGUCAGGAUUAACU